CAAUCGCUCUCUCUCUCCCAGAUCUAAUGUCAGAAGGGUACGCGAUCGAGCUCUACUUCGACCCAGCGCUGGAGAACCAAGUCCUGAAAGCCUGGAACGUCUUCGCCCGCCGCCAGAUCAGCACCAAGCUCAUCACCACCGAGUCCCGCCCCCACCUCACCCUCCUCUCCUCCUCCUUCCUCGACUCCUCCAAGCUCGAGCCCAUCCUCAAAGCCUUCGCCUCCAAGCAGGAGCCCCUCCCUCUCUCCUUCUCCUCCCUCGGUAGCUUCUCCGGCGACAACAACGCCCUCUUCCUCUCCCCCACCCCCUCCCUCUCCCUCCUCCACCUCCACGCUCAGCUUCUCGACGCCGUCAAGAAGGAAGGCUUCGACAUCGGCGAGGAGUUUCGCCAGGACUCGUGGGUCCCGUUCUGCCCCGUGGCGGUCGAUGUGCCGAGGGCUCGCAUGGCUGAGGCUUUCUCCGUUUUGAGGGACUUGAAGAUGCCCGUGAGUGGCUACGCCAUGGAUGUUGGGGUCGUUGAGUUCUCUCCUGUUCGUGAAGUCUUCUCUUUCGCUCUUGGUAACAACUUGGAGUAGUCUUGAUUAUUAUUAUCACUUUGUGUCUUUUUCUUUUUAGCUUAUUGGGUUUUAUGUACUUUGCUUAAGAACUUAGCUGUUUUGUGUCUGUUUCGAGUUGUUUUCUGUAAAAGAUUUGAUCUUUCUUGUUCUGCAGAGCUUCUCCCAUGUGCUUGAAAUGUUCUCUGCAGAUUGGAGUUAAAGCUCGUUAUUAUUUAUUAAUCUGAGAGAUUAUGCUUUUGUGUUUGUUGCACCAA